GAAAGGAGCAGACAACCGUCCGUUUAAGGCAGAUGGCCGUCCAGAAGGAGCCGUUAGGGGGCAGACGGCCGUCCACCCUCGCCAGACGGUCGUCCAGGGAUUCCCGUUGGGGGCAGACGGCCGUCCACCCUCGCCAGAUGGCCGUCCAUGGGUAG